UGCCGACAGUGUGGAUGUUGGAAUGUUGAUAUUUUAUUCAUAAACUAAUUUAAUGUAAGCGAAAGUGUAUUUGUAAUUACUGUAACAAAACUGCAAAUAUUCUAAAAAGUGCUUUGGAAUAGACUAUAAAGCAACAAACAAUCUCUUAUUUUUCGUUUGGACGUCGUGACGUCAUUUAAAGUUUGUGAUGACCGUUCGAAGAAAGUUUUGUUUGCAAUAAUCAGAGGUGAAAGUUUGUUUAAAAUGUUGCGUGCCAAAUCGUGAAGAAAUGUCCCAACGCCCAACGAUUCGUCCGUAAUUAAUGUUAAUUAAGUAGGUGACCGACGAUAGUCAUAUAUCUCGAAAUUCCACGAAGUUUUAGAAAGGGUCAAGUUUAAAGAUAGUUUGCAUUGUUGUAUAGUCUAACAAAAUAGCACUUAAAAAUGGCUUUAAAAAUGGAACCAAAGAACGACCUCGAUUUUAUACUCAAGAAUUUAUUGGCUGGCGGUGUAGCAGGUAUGUGUGCAAAGACUACGGUUGCACCCCUUGACCGCAUCAAGAUUCUCCUCCAAGCGCAAUCAUCCCAUUACAAACACCAUGGUGUGCUUGGAGGUCUCAUGGCAAUAGUCAAGCAGGAGUCCCUCAUAGCAUUAUACAAAGGCAAUGGAGCGCAAAUGGUCAGGAUAUUUCCUUAUGCUGCGACGCAGUUCACAAGCUUUGAGAUUUAUAAAAGGUACCUAAAUGGUUUAAGCAUUCCGAUGAUCCAGCACGGCGAUAAGUUCCUGGCGGGGGCGGCGGCGGGGGUCACAGCGGUCACUCUGACCUACCCGCUGGACACCAUCCGCGCCCGGCUCGCCUUCCAAGUCACCGGCGAACACCGCUACACAGGCAUCGUGCAUGCCGCCACAACCAUAUUCAAGACUGAGGGUGGUACCCGGGCGCUGUACCGAGGUUUCGUACCCACCAUGGUGGGCAUGGUGCCGUACGCGGGCUUCAGCUUCUACUGCUUCGAGUCCCUCAAGUUUCUGUGUAUGAAGUACCUGCCCAAUGCACUGUGCCGGAAGUGCGACAGGAAUACUGGUGGUCUAGUGCUGACGGUGCCCGGCAAGCUGGUCUGCGGCGGGCUGGCGGGCGCGGUCGCUCAGUCAGUAUCGUACCCCCUCGACGUAACUCGGCGCCGCAUGCAGCUCGCAUGCAUGACGCCAGAGACGGCGAAGUUUGGAAGGAUGGGCAUGGUGCAAACUCUUACCCUCAUUUACCGUGAGAACGGCAUAACGAAGGGUUUGUACCGAGGCAUGACUGUCAACUAUAUACGAGCGAUUCCCAUGGUCGCCACCUCCUUCUCCACAUACGAGCUGAUGAAGCAACUUCUCAACCUCGACACUGGAAUGAAGAUCUCAUAAUGGGGUACGGAUUUCGUUAUCUGGUGGGAGGCAUCGGUCGUGGCUAGAUACCACCCUAAUGACAAAUACGUGCGUUCCGAUAUGAUGCCGCGUUUAAACAGAUUAGGGGUUACGGGUUUAUCAUAACUGCUGUACCCCAAACAGAUUAGCCCGUUACCAUGUUAGACUGCAUCAUCACAUACCAGGCGAUAAGGCGGUGGUGACAUAGCGUAGUGGUACAAAAGGUUGCUUUAUCAUCAUAAUCCUCAGACCAUAAGUAUACCACUGAUGUAAACAAGUAUGCUCUUGAUGGAGAUAGUAUUUUUGAGCUAAAACCCCCAUUCUGCUCUAAUGCGGCUUCGCGGGCUUUAUUUCACCGGUUAGUAAUAAAAACUGGUACCGACGUUUUAAAUUGCUGUCCCUUAAGGUAGACCCAAAAUAAAUUUGCGCGACCCGAUAUCAAACCCAAAAUCUUGCAAGAGUUUCGAACCCUGUAGUCCUCAUAUUUUUUUUUAUUUGGAAUACUUUAUUGCACAAACUUAGAUACAAAACAAGAAACACACAAGAACAGUUGUGUGCAAAGGCGGUCUUAUUACAGACAACCCUUGGUGAUAGUAAUAAUAGAAUACACGAAAGUGAGACAGUGCAAACAAUAAAACAUGCACAGGCGAGGAAAAAAAAAGAAAACUACAAUAGAAAUAGAAAUAAAUUAUAUCUUAUAAACCAACGUGGCAGUUUUAAAAAGAAGUGCAAAUAUGAAGAUUUUAUAUCGGAGCGGGUGCCAAUAAAUAUUCACUAACGAAGGUUCGUGAAUAUCUAUUUAUUUAUAUUUUUAGGUUCUGCCCCCAUGUAAACCACUCUACAUACGUUUUGGUUGACAACAAAACAGUUUUUGUGUAAAAGAAAAGAAAAAUAAACAGUAUUUUGUAUGGUGUGUACCAACUCUCAAAUGUUACAUCUGCACCCAUCCUUCUCCUGUAAUGUUGGUAUUCCUUAUCUGUCACCCGAGAGAGCGCCAUGUGGAGAAAUUGCCUUAUAGGGAUAACAUUUACUUUUCAACCCGCCAAAGCACGGCAAUAAUAAUAUAAUAUAAUGGAGAAGUUUGCUCCCGUUUAAUAUGACACGUUUAUUAUUUGCAUAUUGUUUGCCCAUGCUCGAGAGAUGAUGGUAAAAGUUUUGUCUCUUCCCCAUGAAUAAAAUGUCUCCGUAGCCGUGGAGUGCCUAAAUCGAGGUCCCUUAAUGCAGCCUUUUCAGUAUUAUGAAUUUACGAGUACAUAUAUAUUAAACAACGUUCCGCUUAAUCUUAUUUUAUAUGUUUUUUUGACUCGCGGUAAUACGACAGCAGUUUUGAUUACCUAUUUGUAUCAGUCCUGUAGACCCUUGAUAAUGUUAAGGGGGAAUUAAAAGGACCCGCCGGGUGAUUACCGGACUCACAACAGUCUUGCGACAGGCGAAAAUAUCGAGGUCUUAGCUGUCAAACGUCACAUUUGUAUACAAAAAAAUACAAAAGAUAACGUUUGACAGCCUGUCUGAUGCCAAGUCUUUUGUGAGAUCGUACUCUUCGGAUUACCGCAGAACAACUGUACUCCAUUCAAGCCGCAAGAGCGGCACAAACGAUGAGGUCCUCUCGAAAAAUCUUGGGUAGUCCUCAUAUUUUGUUCCAUGACAUCUGUCAACUGGAGCGAACUCGUCUAUGACGCGACGUCCUGGUACAAAAUGGUAUGCUAAUUGACAAAUUGUUCCUUUCUGCAUCCAAUGUUUCCUCUUGAUUUGUUUGUUUUAUAGAGUAAUGAAAAAACGUUUUGUGCAACAAAUAAGAAAAAAAUGUUGAUGACGUCAUGUCGUUGAUAGUACAAUUAUGAGAACUACCUGUAAUCUCGAAGUUUUUUACGGAUGCACUGAGGCUUCAUAGUAUGGUUGUGAACAAAAUUUUAACACUUUAUUAAUAGGUGUAAAGUGACCUGUGUGCAACUUUAAUCGGCCAGUAUUUGUGACAUGCUUCAUACUUUUAUAUAUUUCUAGUCUUAUUUAGGCAAGUGGUGCAUUCCAUUUAUUGACUACAUCACAUAUCAUUUUAUUUAAAUGCAAAUAUAAUUAUAUCAGAGGUAUUACAAAGGCUUUUUAUUUUAUUAAAAGCUCUCUAAUUAUGACAUUUCUUUUAUCAAAUAUUUAUAGAGAAAAUUUUUAGGAAGGAAAUAUAUUGUAAUAUGAUUUUAAUUUAAUUUACCCUCUACAUUGGUAAACGUUACUUUGUUCUAAAUUAUGUUAAUUAUAAUUUUUGUCUGCGUCGGCAUGCAAAUUUACGACCAAUCACAAACCGCUGCGCUUCGAGCAUGUGUGUGAUUGGACAAGUUAUAUUAUUAUUUAAAAAAAAUGUUAAAUUGAAAAUGCAUAGGUAAUUUUUAUGGUGUAAGAAAAUACAAUAUAUUUUAAUGUAUGUAUAUUGGGUGAGAUGAAAAUGAAAGGCGAACAAUAAAUUUGUAUAGUAGUUAGGAUUACAAAGAAUAAUUAUAAUUUGUUAUACGGUGAAGAGUUGUAUUUAUUUUAC